GGAUAAUUUUAUACAUGCAGUUUGCAGUUGUCGAGAUUACAUUGUCUGAUUAUCGGAGCCUCCACUUCUCUCCGGCAUCCACUAAUGUCUACGUUUCUCCCAAUCAAAAGCCACUGUAUUUUCCCUUCUCACACUCAUUUCAAGAACCCCCCAAUUAGAACCUCUCCUGCUCCAUCCCUUUUGCCUCAGACUAGCUUUUCAAGAUUCAGUGAUGGACCCAGAUACCGCUAUUGCGUCCUCGCCAAAGCCGAAGACAAAGCCAGAGAAAAUGAGGAACUAACAACUUCAUCAGGAACAUGUGAUCCUUUAUGUUCAGUUGAUGAAACGAGCUCACAAGAAUUUGAAGCUACUUACCAGCCAAAGACAGAUUUACUGAAGGCCUUUGCAGUUCUUGCCGCGGCCGUCACUGGUACAGUAGCAAUAAAUCAAUCUUGGGUGGCUGCAAAUCAGGAUAUUGCCAUGGCGUUGUUGUUUGGAUUAGGAUAUAUGGGCAUCAUAUUUGAAGAGUCUCUUGCAUUCAACAAAAGUGGAGUAGGGCUUCUGAUGGCCGUGAGUUUAUGGACCAUUCGAAGCAUUGGGGCUCCUUCAAAUGACAUAGCUCUUUCAGAAUUGUCACAUGCAACUGCUGAAGUUAGUGAAAUAGUGUUCUUUUUACUUGGUGCGAUGACCAUUGUUGAGAUAGUUGAUGCUCAUCAGGGAUUUAAGCUUGUUACUGACAACAUCACUACUCGCAAGCCAAAAACUCUGCUUUGGGUGGUAGGUUUUGUGACUUUCUUCCUUAGUUCAAUCCUGGAUAACCUGACUUCUACUAUAGUGAUGGUCUCCUUACUGAGGAAACUGGCACCGCCUUCAGAAUACCGAAAGCUUCUUGGUGCUGUUGUGGUUAUAGCAGCAAAUGCUGGCGGAGCAUGGACUCCCAUAGGUGAUGUUACAACUACAAUGCUCUGGAUACACGGGCAAAUAUCCACGUUGUCAACAAUGAAGGACUUAUUUUUACCAUCAGCAGUUUCUCUAGCUGUUCCUUUGGCUCUGCUGUCCCUUACAAGUGAAGUAAACGGGAAAGGACAAAAUUCCGCAGAUGUUCUGGCAUCCGAACAGAUGGCUCCUCGAGGACAGCUAGUUUUCUCAGUAGGACUUGGGGCUUUAGUGUUUGUACCAGUUUUCAAGGCCUUGACUGGUUUGCCACCAUACAUGGGUAUGCUGCUUGGACUGGGAGUUCUUUGGAUAAUCACAGAUGCAAUUCACUAUGGAGAAUCAGAAAGACAGCGACUGAAAGUACCACAGGCUUUAUCACGCAUUGACACUCAAGGAGCUCUUUUCUUCCUCGGAAUCUUAUUGUCCGUUAGCAGCUUGGAGGCAGCAGGUAUUCUGCGAGAAUUGGCAAAUUACCUCGAUGCUCAUAUCCCAAGCACUGAACUUAUUGCGAGCGCAAUUGGAGUUGUUUCAGCAAUCAUAGACAAUGUUCCUCUGGUUGCAGCCACAAUGGGAAUGUACGACCUAUCCUCCUUUCCCCAAGAUUCUGAGUUCUGGCAACUAGUAGCAUUUUGUGCAGGUACUGGUGGAUCCAUGCUAGUAAUUGGCUCAGCAGCUGGAGUAGCAUUUAUGGGAAUGGAAAAGGUCGACUUCUUUUGGUAUAUGAAAAAGGUUAGUGGGUUUGCUUUUGCUGGCUAUGCUGCCGGUAUUGCUGCAUAUCUAGCAACACAUAAUCUCAACAUCUCACUUCCCACAGCUCUGGCUCAAGUUCCUUUUCUUCAUGGUUCAUAACUCAUUCAGAUGGGCAUUUGAUCAUUGAAGCUAUUAGUUCAUCUGAUUGUUUAGUGAGUGAGCAAAUAUAUGAACACAUAUGACUUUUAGUGGUGGAGAUGAAAUGUGUUGGUUGGGGGAGAGGGUGGGGCUGAGGAUUUCAGGGCCAUAAUGUAAUUUAUUGAUUUGUCAUCAAUAAAUUAAUAAUGUAAUGUGAGAGUGCAUUAGUAAUAGAGGAAUUUUCAGAAACCA